AUGCAGGAUGUAGAUGAAAUAUCCAAGGAGGCCAAUGGCAGCCGGCUAUCAGGGCGCAUCCACAUUUUAGGGAUGGGGAAUCUUGGAACAUUUGUGGCACAUUCACUGGCAAGUAGGCAAUCUCCUCCCCCGACAACCUUGAUGCUCCACCACCCGCAGAUAUAUUCUGCUUGGCUAUCAAAGAAAAGAUGUCUUGCUGUCAAUGUCAAUGGACUGGACGACAUCAAGACCGGGUUCGAUGUGAAUGUAUUGGAUGAAAACAAGUGGUACUCGAUUUCUUAUCAACAAUCGAAAAAUGAGCCGGUUGACACCGAGAGCCCUCGACGCCGACUUGCAGAGUCCAAGAUAGAGGGCCAAGACUUGUUAUCGCAAGCAAUGGAGGAUAAUGAGAAAAUCGAAUGCCUGAUUGUCGCCGUGAAAGCUCCUCGAACAGUUGCGGCUCUCAACAAGGUCCGUCAUCGUCUAACGCCCGACUCCACGGUGCUGCUACUUCAGAAUGGAAUGGGAACGAUCCAAGAACUCAACGACAGAGUGUUCACUGAUCCUCAAACACGCCCACAUUAUAUGUUUGGCAUCGUAUCCCAUGGAUUGAAGAGAAAGGAGUACUUCCAGGUCGAACAUAGCGGUAUUGGCACAACGAUCAUCAGUCCAAUUCCACCACAUAAUGAUCUCUCUACUACAAAUCCCCUCGGCGAUGGAUGGGCGCCGACAACCAAAUACCUCCUCCGCACUUUAACUCUCACACCUCCGCUUGUCGCAAUUGCGGAGACGCCUUCCUCGUUAAUCCUAUACCAGCUAGAGAAGUUGGCCAUGAACUCUGUGAUCAAUCCUCUCACUUCAAUCUUUGAUUGCGAUAAUGGCGAGUUGCUUUACAACACCAGUAUUGAUCGUCUGAUGCGAAUGCUUUUGAUGGAAAUCUCCAGCGUUAUCUGUGCGUUACCUGAAUUACAAGGUAUCCCAGGCAUCGAAGACCGGUUCCACCCAGAACGCCUGCGGCGCAUGGUACUGCAGCUGGCAAGCAAGACUUCCGGGAACACCAGUUCGAUGCGUCGAGAUGUCAGUGUCGGAACGCCCACGGAAAUCGAGUAUAUCAAUGGCUAUAUCAUCAGAAGGGGCGAGGAAUUAGGUAUCAAGUGUGCGGUAAAUUACAUGGUCAAACAUAUGGUCAUUUCCAGACAAACGUUGAACAACAAGCGAGAAUCUAAGGCGAUUCCUAUUGAUGUUCUGGGAGAAUAG